AUGGAAUCUAUCUUCGGCAGGCGCAAGACGAGGCCUAGGCAGUCUUCUCUCUCAGGACAAGAGCCCCCCGACCGUCUUCGCCCGCUCUCUGGUGCCUCCGUUGCCACUACCGCUACCCGUUCCGAGUCCAGUCGCAGCUCCCGCUAUGCCCCAUCUCUGUCUCCCUUCGAGCCCCACCACUCUCAUCUCUCCCAGCUCUACAAGCACCAGUCUCCUACCGACGAGUUCAACUUCCCUCGUCCCGAAAGCGACGAGGAGAUUGACGUUCUCUUCAACAACAUCAUGCGCAUGCGCGGGCUCGCAGACAUCCCCCAUCUCUCCGUUGAUCAGAAGUGGCAUAUUGUUUACAACGACGAGCAGAUGAGAUGGGCCGAGGAGCGUAGAAGAGAGGAGCAGUCUCGCAGGCAGCCCAACGUCGACUCGUCCCAAGCCCCCUACCAGGAGGGCACCCCAGAGUGGUACAUCCGUCGGUUUAUGGACAGAACCAUAACCCCCAAGCAAGCGUCCAGCUUGCAGGUCUCUCUCCGAAGCAAGGAGAUGAGCUGGUUCCGGCACUUUGUCGAGCUUCAGGGCACCUCUGUCCUCGGUCAAGCUCUGCAGACAAUCUCUCGCAAGGGCGUCGGGAGGCGGAAAGAGGAUGUCGACUUGGAGUACGAAGUCGCGAAGUGUCUCAAGCAGAUCCUGAAUCAUCAGUUCGCUGCCAAUGAUGCCCUCAACCACCCAAUGAUUUUGACCCAAAUCGCCUCUGCCCUCAACACACCUCAUUUACCAACGCGGAAAAUCCUCCUCGACCUCUUAUCUUUCUUGGACUACUACAACGAUGGUCAAGUCCACAACCUCGUCGUUGCCGCUCUCGAGUCUCUCAGCACUUCCAACAAUGAAGGUGGUAGCCCGUAUGCGUACUGGUUCAAGUCAUUGGAGAGCGCGCUGGCCGGAAGAGGGCGCAUGGGUACAUUGGUGGGCGCGAGUGAUGAAGUCAAGAAGCACGGCGGUGUAGAUCCUUCUUUGAAUGAUUACACGCUUUCCAACAUCAUCUUCAUCAACUCACUUAUGGUGAACAUCGAUGAUCUCGACAUUCGAGUGCACCACCGUGCCCAAAUGGAGGCUGCAGGACUCCAGAACAUUCUCGAGCUUUGCCAUUCCUUUGGUGUAGCCGUCAUCGAUAAGCAAUUGCAGAUCCUACAGCAGAUACUCCAGGACGAUGAGGCCAAACUCAAGGAGCGAAUAGACCAGGAAAUAUUGAAGGACCUUGCCAAUCCAGAGGAUGUGUACAAUGCCCUGCGUGCGAAGACGUCGGACUCCAAAGCGAAGGACCAUUUUCUGUCGAUACUGCAACACAUGCUGCUCAUCCGCGAGGAGGGCCCAGCCCUUGCCCAUUACUAUCAGCUGAUUGACUCCCUGGUCGCGGACGUCGUUCUCGAUAAGAAGCUAGUCGGCGCGGAGCAGCGCCUUGGCCACUCGGUGGAACGCAUCAUCGCACAGUUCAACGAAGCGGACCGUCACCAGUAUCUGGAAGACGAGCUCGUUAAGGCAAAUACGACCGCCCUCCGCUACCGUCUCGAGAAAGAAGCUCUCGAAGAGGAGGUCGCCCAGGGCGAAGGUGGACUCGUCGGUUCGCUCAAGUCUAAGCUUGCGCGACUGGAGGAGAAGCUCGCCAUCUCGCGUGAAAAUACGACGAAGCUUCAGGGUCAGCUCGAGACUCAGAAGGCGGGUUACGAGGAGCAGAUCGCUCAGCUUGAAGCGCAGAUCAUGGAACUGUUCCGGAUGCUCAAAGAAGUCAGCCGCGGCGUGGGCAAGAUCAUCGACCACGCCAACGCUGGAGGUAUGGAUCGCAAAACCCUCAUCGAUACUUUGGAGAAGCACUUCCAGCGGGACAAAACAAUCUCUAUCCUGGAAGGUCGUGGUAGAGACGAAGAAGAAGAUGGUACGCCGAAGAAGAACGGUAGCCUGCGUAGAGGAGGUUCCGCUGCGACACGCGGACGUAAACCGCCCAAGAUGGACAGAAUAUCAGAGGGCCCGAAUGGUCGCACUUCACAGUUCAUGGACGCCGACGAGGACGAGGAGCACGAGCAGAUUCAGCAGCAGAUCGCCGAAGGCGCGAUGGUCAUCAGUUGCACGCGACGGCUCUCGUCAAGUCCCAGGAGCAUGCGAACUCCUUCACGGCGCCAGAAGAACCUACCCAGGACGCCCCUCGGUACACACUUCAUGCCUGACGACGAUAGUCGGACUGUCUCGCUGGCCGAGACCAACGAUGAUUUUGAUGCCGAUAGCGAAAUGCGCCGAUCGACCUCAACGCGCGCCUCGAAUCCCACCACUGAGGCAACAUCGGUCGGCUCCGGCUUGUCCAUCGAACCUGACCUAAUGUCACCCAUCCAGCCUGGUACGCUCGCAGAACAGCUCCGCAGGCACCUGACCAAGCGCGGCCGUCCUCCAUCUGUACCCAGUCCUCUCAACUCACCCAUUCCCGAGGAGGUUAUCCCACCGAUGCCGCCUCCGCCUCCACCGCCGCCGCCGCCACCCGGGAUGGGCCCUCCGCCGCCGCCGCCACCUCCGCCUCCGCCGCCACCACCACCACCACCACCACCACCACCUCCCCCGGGUGGCAAAGGCGUCCAGCUUGGCGGGCCGCCGCCUCCGCCGCCUCCUCCGCCACCCGGUGCCCCGGGUCCUCCUCCUCCUCCUCCUCCGCCACCUCCUGGGGGUCCGACCCCGCCAAUGUCCGGGCCGGGCUCGGUACGGACGUCGCUCCUGGGCGCGAAUUUGCAGUCGCUUCUUUCAGCACGGAAGGGCAUCUCGAUCACGCCGAGCACGAAGCUGAAGCAACUGCAGUGGGAUAAACUGCCACAGCAGCAAGCGGAGAAGACGGUGUUCCAGGAGCCGUCGAGGGAAGACGAGUGGGUGAAGAAGCUGCAGAUCGACGGCGUGUGGAUGGAGAUGGAGGAGGACUUCAAGGCGAAGCAGCUCGUCAUCAAUCUCAUGGCCAAGCAGAAGCGUGCAGAGCUGAAGAGUGUGCUCGACCCGCAGACCAAGAAGCGCGUCGAGAUCCUUAUCCAGACUGUCAAGAGGUUCCAGCCCGAGGAACUUGCGAUCCGCAUCCGCGACUUCGACCAGGGAAUCUGCACACAGGGUUUCUUGGCCGAGCUGAAACCCGUUCUACCAAACCCAGAACAGAUCGGAAAGCUCAACGUGUACCGCAACGCGGAGCCGGAAGAACUCGCCGGGCUUCAUCCGUCAGAUCGUCUCAUGGUUCAGCUCAUCAAGAUAGACCGAUUAGCUCCUCGUAUCGAAGGCAUGCUGUAUAAAUGUGUCUUCGAUGAAACAUGGGAGCUUCUCGACGAGAGUGCACGUAAACUUUCGGAAGCCGGCAAAUCGUUAUUGGAAGCUAAGCACCUCAAAGAGCUACUCAGUCUUAUUUUGCUAAUCGGUAACUACAUGAACGGCACUGGUGUCAAGGGUGGCGCAUUCGGUUUCCGCGUCUCGAGUAUCAACAAGCUUGUUGACACGAAGUCGUUGCACAACACUACGUUACUGCACUUCUUAGAACGUACUGUGGCCAAGCAUUUCCCCGACAUGGAAGGGUUCAUGGACGAGCUUGCCGCCCCUUCCGAGGCAUACAGAGUGAACCUUCAAGAUGUACGGAAAAGUUUGGGCGAGCUACGAACUGGAUUACAGGCUAUCCAGAAGGAGCUUAAAGAACAUUUCUCCAACAUGGACCUUAACGACAAGUACGCUAACCAGAUGUGGACCUUCGUUGGCAAGGCGAAGCGUCAACUCGAGGAUCUUGUUGAUGAUGUCAAUCACGCCGAGUCCACAUUCAUCGAGGUUGUCAAGUACUACGGCGAAGACGACAAGAACAUGACCUCAGCGGAGUUCUACGGUAUCUUCAAGACCUUCGUCACGUCGUACAAGAAAUGCCGGACGGACAAUCUGGCGAUUGCUGAAGAACGCUCAGCCCUGGAGAAGCGGCGACAUGCCCAAGCAGAGGCGAAAGCCAACAAGGCCAAGCAGCAAGACCUCCCUGAGCCUACUCCCGAGGACAAUGCGGCGCUGGACAAUCUACUCGAGAAACUGCGGAACGGGGAUAGCGUCGGACGCAAGGCGCGGCGCGCGCGCAAGAGCGUCGCAGCGCGCUCGGGGUCGGCAUCGGCUGCUACGCCGCUCACGCUCAACACGGACGUGCUUCUGACGGCGAAGUCGGGGGAUGAGACCGUGGACAUCGCGCGCGACAUGCUCAUGCGACUCAAGUCGGACGGUUUCGACGCGCUCACGCCGUCGACGCCGACUGCGGCGAGCAUGCGGCGCUCGCGGCGGAAACGUGACUCUGAGGGUGUCGCGCAGCUUGCGGCAGCGGCGCUUGAGGAGGAAGGCCUUGCGGCGAGCGGACCGUUGGGAGACGACAUGACGACACCGCUGGGAACACACCCGCCAAUCAUCCUGGACUCAAUAGAUGAGCACCCCGACCCUGAUCCGGAUAAUGCCCAUGAACACGACACAACCCAUCAUUGUACCUUGUGUUUUGAUUGA